AUGAUCAACGAAGUGGGUGUGGCCGAGCCCCCUGACCGCGCUCGCAACGGCGCUGUGUCCGCCCUUGCUGCUCUUCAAACCGGAUGUGCCCAACUCACGUCCGACCGUCGUUCCGCAGAGAUCGGCCUGGGCCUGGCGGCCUUUGGCUUUCUAUUCACAGUGCUUGGGAUCAUGAUGUUCUUCGACCGUGGGCUGUUGGCGAUGGGCAACCUGCUGUUUUUGGCGGGCAUGACGCUGACAAUCGGGGGGUCUGCUUUCUAUCUUGGAGGCGCCGUGCUGGUGGUUGUGGGCUGGACCAUCAUUGGCAUGCUGGUGGAGGCUUAUGGCUUUUGGCUGCUGUUUUGCGAGUUCCUGCCCUCGGUGCUGACUUACGCAAAGAACAUACCGGGGGUCGGCAGGGCGCUGGAGGUGCCGUGGCUGCGAGCGCAGCAGCAGCAGCAGCAGCAGCAGCAGCAGCAGCAGCAGCAGCAGCAGCAGCAGCAGCAGAAAAUCGCAUGA